AUGACAAGGGAAAAGACACAUUCUAAGAGGAAAAGCACAUUUUUACCACCCAAAAGAAAUCCCUCUCUUGAAACAUAUUGCUGCCUAGUUGAGAAAGAUGUACAUCAUCUCCUGGCUAAGAAACAAGAAUACAAGGUAUUCCACAAUAUGUGCAAAGCAGAGAAAUAAUCUCUUAUUGAACUCAAAAAUGACUCCAGUAUCAUUAUAAAACCUGCUGACAAAGGAGGUGCAAUAGUGAUACAAAAUGCUGCAGACUAUGUAAAGACAAUUCUGAGACAACUUAGUGAAGAUGAAUUUUACAAAGGACUCCCUAAGGACCCUACUAAUCAAUUCAAGUCUCUGAUCCAUGAUAAAUUGUCAAAAUUUUUGAAUGAAGGGGAAAUUACAAAGACAGAAUAUGAGUAUAUGAAAGUUGACUGCCCAACCAAACCUGUCAUAUACGCUCUCCCCAAAAUUCACAAGAGCAUGAAGCCACCUAGACCAGGCAAGCCCAUUGUGAGUAGUAAUGGAUCUCAUUUUGUGAAACCCUGGGCGAUCUCUCUCCCCACGUAUACCAGAGACUCUAUUGAUUUUAUGAAUCUUUUGAAAUCUGUGGACCAUAUCCAUGAAAAUUCUAUUCUGUGUAUGUUUGAUGUUGCCAGUCUAUAUACUAACAUCCCCCAUCAGGGCGGCCUAGAGGCCCUCAAGUUCUCCCUCAGUGAACGUCCCCCUAAUGCUCUUCCCAGCACAAGUUGUAUUGUGGACUUGGCUGAACUGGUACUAACCUCAACUAUUUUCUCUUCAGAGGAUACUUUUUCUUCCAGACCAAAGGGACAGCGAUGGGGAGCACUAUUGCUCCUAAUUAGGCUAAUGCACAGUGUUGCUUCCGUCCCUCUCCUCGCCCCAACCUGGGCUUGAACCAGGAACCCUCUGCACACAUCGACAACAGUCACCCUUGAAGCACCAUUACCCGUCGCUCCACAAAAGCCACAGCCCUUGCAGAGCAAGGGAUACAACUACUUCAAGGUCUCAGAGCGAGUGACGUCACCGAUUGAAACACUACUAGCGCGCACCGCUAACUAGCUAGCCAUGUCACACCGGUUACACAAACCUAUAUCUAGGAAUGUUUGAAAAACAGGUUAUGCUGAAUCCAGACCUUAAACCCUUUCUCUCCAAUAUUCUCCUAAUUCAGAGAUAUUUGGAUGACAUUUUCGUGAUCUAUACAGGGACCCAGGAAGAACUCUUGGAAUUCCAUGCCUAUCUAAACUAUAUGAAUAAGCACCUUCGUUUCACCAUUAACUAUGACCUAUCACAAAUCAGUUCUUGAUGUGAUGGUUAUUAAGGACAAAACCUCCCUCUCUACAGAUCUCUAUAGGAAACCUCCUGAGUGGCGCAGUGGUCUAAGGCACUGCAUCGCAGUGCUAACUGUGCCACUAGAGAUCCUGGUUCGAAUCCAGGCUCUGUCGCAGCCGGCCGCGACCGGGAGACUCAUGGGCGGCGCACAAUUGGCCCAGCGUCGUCCAGGGUAGGGGAGGGAAUGGCCGGCAGGGAUGUAGCUCAGUUGAUAGAGCAUGGUGUUUGCAACGCCAGGGUUGUGGGUUCGAUUCCCAUGGGGGGCCAGUAUAAAAAAUAUAUAUAUAUGUAUUCACUAACUGUAAGUCGCUAAAUGACUAAAAUGUAAAAAAAUGAAACCUACAGACAGGAACACCCUCCUUAGAGGUGACAGCUAAAUCCACGUCCACUUAUUAAAAGUCUCCCUAUAAGUCAAUUCAGUCGCAUCAGAAGAAUAUGCAGCUCUGAUGCUUCUUACCAGAAAAAGACCACGAACCUCACACAAAGGUUUAAGGAAAGGGGGUACAAAGACAAUUGGGUAAAACAUGCCAAUGAUCGUUUUGAAGGGCUAACACAGUUGGAAAGCCUUCAACCAAAAGUUAAAGAAAAAGCAGAACAUGUCCCCUCAUGCUUCACCCAAUACUCACCAUUGGGGAAGGCAUUUAAGGACAUUAUCAGGAAGCACUGGUACAUUAUUGAUACUGACCCACAAUUGAAACCCAUCUGA